AUGCAAUCUUUGCCAACAUCAUCAAGUCGCAUACUUUACGACGUGCCGUGCGCUGUCUGUCGCGACCACUCCUCUGGUAAACACUAUGGGGUCUUCGCUUGCGACGGCUGUGCGGGUUUCUUUAAGCGCUCGGUGCGUAGGGACCGAAGGUACGCCUGCAAGGCUAGAUGUCCCGGUGCUUGCAUUGUGGAUAAAGCGCAUCGGAAUCAGUGCCGCGCUUGCAGACUGGCUAAGUGCUUGGAUGCAGGGAUGAACAGAGACGCCGUUCAACACGAGAGAGGUCCUCGCAACUCUACAAUUCGAAGACAAAUGGCUUUAUUCCUAAAAGAUCCCGCUGUUCCGUCUGCAGACGUAAAUCUUGCUCUGCCUCCUGUUCUGGAUCUAGCGUUGCCUAAACACAAUCUGUUGCCACCUCCGCCCAUGACAUUGUUCCACAACCCGUACAAUGAGUAUCAGAGGAUCAACUUGUUGUCUACUCCAUUAGCGCCAUGCCCUCUUAAAGCUCCGUCCCCACCUCCGAUCACCGCUUCACUUCUUAGUCCAACAGAGCCUGAAGCAAUGUGCGAAGCAGCAGCACGACUUCUUUUCAUGAAUGUAAAAUGGGCAAAAAAUGUUCCAGCAUUCACUUCCCUUUCACUUUCUGACCGAUUACUUCUUUUAGAAGAGUCCUGGCGAGAUCUUUUUGUUAUUGGUACUUCACAAUUUCUCUAUCCUAUAGAUUUAAAGAUUUUAUGUGAUGGAAAGAAUCCAAGAAUAGAUGUAAAGGAGGUUGAGGAAUUUAUACACUCAUUGAUUGAACUGGCAAAGGUGCGUCCCGAUAACAAUGAGUAUGCUUGUCUCCGAGCAAUAGUCCUUUUCAAGACUUCAAUUGGAGAAAAAAACGUUAGGGGAAGUCCUUCCCUAGCAGGGACAGAAAUAAGAAGGCUUCACGAUUUACCGGCUGUAGCAGCAUUACAAGACCAUUCUCAAGUUGUUCUCAACGAGUAUACGGCGAGAAUGUACCCCAAUGACACCACACGUGCAAGUCAUCUCCUUCAGUUGCUGCCAGUUAUUCGAAGAGUUUGUAGCGCAACCAUUGUAGAGUUGUUCUUCCGCACUACCAUCGGCGAGAUUCCAAUUGAAAGGAUAAUAAGUGAUAUGUACAGAACCGGAAAAGAUACUGUUUGA